GUGGACAUGGACAGUGGGCGCGGCGGAAAAGAAAAGAACUAUGAAAACAAAAAGAAACUUGCUAAGGAAUACUCACUAAUUGAACAAGAAAGAAGAGCUAUAAAGGAGCAAAUAAAACAACAGGAUAAGGUCAAUUAUCUUUUGGAUAAUAUUUACUGGGAUGCCAAGGAAGCUCUUCUUGGACAAAUAAUGAAAAAAGAGCGAGAGAUACAGAACAAAUUAUUCCAAAUAAGAGAAGCUGUCAUUCCAAAGUUUGAACAAUUAUUACUAAUGAAGGAAAAAAACCAAGAUAGUAAAGACGAACUAACCACUCCACCAAUUUGGGCAUUACGUAAGAUGGACUUAAAAGAACAUGAACCAGUAGAAGAUUGCAAAUCACCCAUUUAUGACAUUCAACAUAUAGAGAAAGAGAAAAAGGAGGAAAAAUACAAAAUAUCGCAUCUACAGGAACAAUUUGGAUUUGAAAAUGACCGCAGAACAAGUGCAACAACUGCAAUUAGAAAAAUAAGGCCCUGUACUGAUCAAAUCGAGCGUCAUAAUAUAAAGUCAAAAACCAUGGAUCAAGAAUGUAAUGUGGAUGGUAUGUUUGAUGAAGAAAAGUGGCGAAAACAGGAUCAACUUUUCUUUAAUAUGGCUAAAGAUGUUACACUGUAUCUGAAUAAAAUUAGAAGACCCACGUUUCCGAUUCUCAAAGCUAUUGAGACACUGGGGGGUACGUGGGAUAAUGCGAAAGACGCACGAGGCGCAGGCGCAAAUAAUUUAAGACAGCUAAAUCCCAGUGUAUUUCACUCCCAUGCAGAACUCAGACUACUGAACUUAAGUGGUAAUCAAAUACAGUCUUUCCCUCCAUCUCUGUUCAAAGGUUUAGCAAAAUUGAAUAUACUCGAUUUAUCUAAAAACUUAUUAACCAGUAUUCCAUACGGGAUACUGUCAGGACUGACCGGUAUAGAAUUUCUCAGUCUUUCACAUAAUUGUCUAACUGCUAUAGAUUCCAAAUCCUUAUACUCCAUGCAAAGUUUAACGGAACUUAACCUAUCAGAAAAUGACUUCACCUACCUAGACGCAGAAGAAUUGAUAUCAAUAUUUACAAAAUUAAAACGUAUACAUCUGUCUGGGAAUAAGUGGACAUGUGAUAUAUUAUUUGCGAUUCUAAAGGCAUUCAGAAUGACCGGUGCUGUGGUAGAAUCUGGAUUACCAGAUUAG